GUACAGAAUCUAUUUUGUUAAUCUGUGCAAUAGUGUUUGUGAUUAACUGCGACUGUGCGAUUGAAGACGAUGUGGUGUUGGAGAAGAAAGAUAUUUCCGAACUCUACAGUAAAUUCAGCUCAGGCUGCAUCGAACAUCAACAUGAGUCCACUAGUAACCUACUAUCCAGGUUUUAUUUUAUAUAAUUAGAAAUGAUAGGUCAGUCAUGCAAGUCAGGACAAAGAAGUCUACAAUAAGAAAAACUGGAUUGUUUCCCUGUGUAUGCUUCUGAAUCAGAUUGGACAAGUCAGAAAGAAUAAAACAUCAACAUUGAUGCUGUUAUGGGUAGAGGGACGGACAGAUUCGGGUCAGACAAGGGUCUGUUCAUCAUGGAGAAUACCCAGUUGAAGCGCUGCAUCUCCUCUAACCUGGUCCUGGAGAGCUGUGAGAGGCCCACCCGCCAUAUGCUGUGGAAGUGGGUGUCUCGCCACCGCCUCUUCAAUCUGGGUAGCAGCCUCUGUCUGGGCCUGAACAUCAGUGACUCCACCCAGCCCCUGGGCACCUUCGAGUGUGACUCACCCCUCCGGACCCUGUGGUGGAGGUGCAAUGGGAAUACGUUGUACGGGGCUUCCCAGCUGAAGCUGUCCGUGGCUGGACGCCUGGUGGUGGUCAAGAGGGCCAGUUAUCAUCAGUGGAGGAGGUACUCUACACCGGGGGAGGGGCCUUGUGCCUAUCCUUAUGAGGAGAUCCACACACUGUUGGGUAAUGCCCACGGCAUGCCUUGUGCCCUGCCGUUCAAAUACAACAACAAGUGGUACUCGGAGUGCACGGCAGAGGGACGCGAGGACCACCAUCGCUGGUGUGCCACCACCAGUCGAUACGACCAGGAUGAGAAAUGGGGCUUCUGUCCCAGUCAAGAGUUGAGCUGCGAUACGUUCUGGGACUCGAACCAGGAGAGCCGUGCGUGUUACCAGUUCAACCUGUACACCAUCCUGACGUGGAGCCAGGCCGACUCCUCCUGCCUGGCCCAGGGAGGAAGUCUACUCAGCAUCACUGACCUCACUGAACAGAUGUACAUCAGAGAGCGGUUGGCUGACGUGGGGGUGAUGGUGUGGAUUGGACUGAACCAUCUGAGUGAGAGAACAGGGUGGCAGUGGUCUGAUGGAGCUCCUCUAUCCUUAGUCAACUUCACCUCAGGCCUAUCAUCCAGCCCACUGCAGGACAACAGGCAGUGUGGAGUGUAUAACUCAGCGUCGGGGGGGCACCAGUGGCAGAGUCUGUCCUGUGAGGCUGCUCUACCCUACAUCUGUAAGAAGACCCCUAAUGACACCAGGAGAGCUGAGCCUCUUGAUAACUGGCUGUACUACCGCACGGUGUGUUCCGAGGGCUGGCUGGCCCACAACCGUUACUGCUACAAAGCCCUGGCAGAGGCUGAGGCAGGGAGCUGGGAGGAAUCCUCCACUGCCUGUAACUCCGUAGGGGCCAACCUCACCAGUCUACACUCUCUAUCUGAGGUAGAGCUGCUGCUGGGCCUGCUGGCUAACAUCUCAGGGUCUGGCUCAGAGGUGUGGAUCGGCCUGAUAAAGAAGCUAUCGUCUUCAGCUGUAGAGUGGUCAGACGGCUCCCCAGUCGACCUCACUCUCUGGCACGUGCAUCAUCCUACCCAUAGCAACAGUCAGCUCUGUGCCAAGACUGACCUAACGGAGGGGAACUGGCUGUUGGCACCAUGCGAUGAGAAGCUCCCUGCAGUGUGUAGGAGAGCAGGACUUCUGCCCCUACACCCCACUGGAGCAGGGGACGAGGGCUGUCCUGAGGAUUGGAAGCGGAAGGGCCACUCUUGCUACAUUGUGACGAGCCACGAGCAGAGCCAUGAAGACGCUGUCAAGGGUUACUACUGCAAGGCUCCUCUGGUCACAGUGGAAAACAGGUUUGAGCAGGCCUUUCUGAACAGCCUGGUAAAUGAGAUGGGAACCAAUGGUAGUGUAUAUUACUGGACGGCCCUACAGGACCAGGGUAGCCAAGGAGAGUACAGCUGGCUGGGGGGACACAACGGAUCCACCCUACCCCUGCUCUAUACAAACUGGAACAGGCAUCAGCCAGUCAGUGCAGGUGGCUGUGUGGCUAUGACAGGCGGCCAGGCCUUGGGUCACUGGGAAGUGAAGGACUGCAAAUCCCAGAAGGCCUUGUCAGUUUGUAAACAGAGCAUCAGUGGUUACCAGGAGGUCCUGUUCCCCACAGUCCAUAUUGACGCUUACGCCCCCUGUCCUCCAGGCUGGGAAUCACACUCCGACCUGCUCCACUGUUACAAGGCGUUCCACAGCGAGAAGGUCCUGAUGAAGCGGUCGUGGGAAGACGCUGACUUCUUCUGCCAGGCUCUAGGAGCUCAGCUGGCCAGCUUCCACCACUACAAGGAGCAGGUCUUUGUCAAAGGACUCCUCCACUCCAUGUUUGAUGGAACAGAGGGUCGUUGGUUCUGGGUGGGCUUGAAUAAGAGAGACCCCCAGUCAGCAGGAUCUUGGGAGUGGUCUGACGGCACCCCCGUGGUGUCCUCCUUCAUAGAGGAUAAGAACGAGGAGGAUGACAGACGUAGCUGUGCCGUGUACAGCGACCUGACCAACGGCCUCCUGCCACAGCCCUGCGACACCAAGCACGAGUGGAUCUGCAAGGUUCCCAGAGGCAUGGAGCUGAACAAACACUACUGGUAUAAUGACCAGAACGAGCCCUGGGUGUUCUACAGAGGAGCAGAGUAUCUGCUGGCCAAGCAGCCUUUUCCCUGGGAGGGUGUUAACCUGGCCUGUAUGAUGAUGGGCACCCACUUGCUGUCUGUCCACUCUAAAGAGGAGCUCCGAUUCAUCAGAGAGCGCAUGGGGAAGCUCUCUCUGGGGUCGACUGACUGGUGGAUAGGGCUGUCCACAGACCUCGUGAGGGAAGAGUUCAGUUGGAGUGAUGAGUCCGCUGUGGAUUAUCAGAAUUGGGCAGAAGGAAGCUCCCACGAUGCCCCAGUGAAACAUAAACAGUGUGUGACCAUGUCCUCUAUCUCAGGUCAGUGGUCGGCGGGUGAGUGUGGCGGUCUCCAUGCCCACGUAUGUAAGCGCCGGACCGUGUCCGUGGUGGAGAUUCCCAGAGAGCCUCACUACAUCGGAGGCUGUCCAGAGAGAUGGCUCUACUUCGGACACAAGUGUUUCCUGCUGCACCUUCCCAACAGUGCUGAGGAGGGGAAGAGCUGGAGAGAUGCCCGGUCUAUCUGCUCCUCUUUCCAAGGCACGCUGGUCGCCAUCGAAGACGAGAUCGAGCAAGCGUAUAUCACCAUGCUGCUCCAGGGCGGGACAGUGGGCGUUUGGAUUGGUCUACGGGAUGAGGACACCAUGAAAUGGACCAAUGGGAAACCUGUCAGCUACACCAACUGGUCCCCUGUAGAAUCCAAGAACCCUCUGACGAAUGAGUGGCUGAGCGGGCCCCUGGGCGGGGACGAUCCUCUGUGCACGGUGCUCUCCAACAACCACAACUUCCACCUGACAGGGAAGUGGUUCGACGAGAAGUGCACAGAAAGUGGAUACGGCUUUGUCUGUCAGAGACCCCAAGACGCAGCUAAACCCCCAUCCCACUCCUACCUCCACCCUCUCCCUGACAAUAUUGAGUACAAGAACCGCAGAUACAGGGUUGUCCGUGGCAACAUGAGCUGGUAUGAGGCGCUGCAUAUGUGCUUAGAGUCUGAGUCUGAGCUAGUGAGCGUUACCGACCCCUUCCACCAGGCUUUCCUUACUGUCCUUGUCAAUAGAUUGGCAUUCCCCCACUGGAUUGGACUGUAUAGUCAAGACGAUGGGAUCAACUACCAGUGGUCUGAUGGCAGUGACACGGUCUUCACUCACUGGGUUGCGGCCGAUGAUGAUGAUUUCAUCCUGGGGGACUGUGUGUACAUGGACGUCACCGGGGGCUGGAGGAGGGCCGACUGUGAGAUGCCGCUCCAGGGAGCCCUGUGCCAUGUCCCACCACCUAAGAGUAAUGCGUUCACCAGCUACGAGGUUGUGUGUCCAUCGACGUGGGUGAGGUUUGGCGCCAGCUGCUACAGCUUUGAGCCCGUGGUCCAGAGACUGACCCUGGAGGAGGCCGGAGAGCACUGCAAACACAAAGCGAACACGUCAGAGGUCCUGACCAUACAGACAGAGACGGAAAACAGGUUCGUUCUGGAGCAGCUGCGGUCGUAUGGCUUCCCACAUCAAGCCGUCUGGCUGGGGAUGUUCUUCAACACUGACGCGGGCUCCAUGGCAUGGUUCGAUGGUUCUCCUAUGGACUACUCCAACUGGAACGUCAAGGCCCCAGACCCCAGCCUGCUGACAGCAGACACCUGUGUGUCCACCAGGGUGUCUGAUGGGAUGUGGCUCCUCUCUCAGUGCACUGACAGAAUGGGCUUUGUCUGCAAAACUAACUCAGAUACGAUCCCCGAGGUAGAAGUGGCGCCACUAAAUGGGUUGCACCACAGUGUCGUCCCAGCCGCGGUCCUGGUGGCCAUGCUGAUCUUCGCCGUGCUUGUGGCGGUGCUCUGGCUCGUCUACAAGAGGAACAGGACGCACUUCCACAGACUGCCGUCCCUGGGAAACGUGUACUACAGACAUACUAGUUCCCAGGCCACAGACUUCGAUGGAAACGUUCUCAUCGCAGAUCUGGAAGCUCACUCUGGAGAAUAGGGCUGUGUCCAAAAUGGCACUCUUUCCCCUAUUAGGUGCACUGCUUUGGUCAAAAGUAGUGCACUAUAUAGGGAAUACGGUGCCUUUUCCAGAUGCGCUAUAGGACUUAUUGGAGACAGAAAAAUGGUGGUGUUGGGUAAAGCAUGGGAAUGGGCUGAACUCUGUAUGACUGUGAAGAAUGGUAUGCCUCUGUUUGGGUCUGACAUGGACCACAGCAAGGGAACUUAGAGCAGGAUGUCAGAGCCCAAUUAGCUGUAUCCACUUGAAUCCACAGGAGGCUGCUGAGGGGAGGAUGGCUCAUAAUAAUGGCUGGAACAGAGCAAAUGGAAUGGCAUCAGACACGUGGAAACCAUGGAAACCAUGUGUUUGAUGUUUUUGAUACCAUUCAACUACAGUCAUUACCACGAGCCCGUUCUCCCCAGUUAAGGUGCCACCAACCUCCUGUGCUUUAUACAAGUAGUUGAUGAAUCAGGGACCAAUCGUGUGGCUGAGAGUGAGGGAGUGCAUCUUCGUGUGAUGUAAGUUUCGUCUUAAAGAGGACUAGAGCUGUUAUCCCAAGUACUUUGGCAUUCUAAUGUAGGCAUUUGAAAAUCGAUCGAUAUUCUUUGCACUGUAAGGUUGUUUUGUUAUUAUGGUACAAUGCCAACUGCUCCCACUAAUGCUGGUACCCACUAUAUUUGUGAGUACAAGUCUUUCACACAGUGAAGACCUAGUUUUCUGUAAUGCCUUGUACAGGACCAAAACAAUUUUCUUCUUUGUUUAAGAUAACAAUGGCCGUGAUUCAGUUCAGAUUCAGUUCUUUACAGCAAAGACAAAGUCAUGCUUUUUGCAAUACAUUCUGUAGUCAUCUUAUAUGUAUUUUAUUCAUGAACAGAAAUAAGACCCCAAAUCAAUUCCAAGUUAUUUUUUUGAAAUCUAACUUGUCAUUAAAGUACAGGGUUUCUUUGUUACCACUUUAUUGCACCAACCUCCAUCAAUGCAACACGGGAAAAUGAUGUUUUAGUUUUUCAUUUUUUUGUUGUUGUUUAUUGCGUAUUUUCCUACACACAGAACACACACUCACACCCUCACAGUAUUUUUAAAACGUAGUUUAUAAGUACAUGCAUGAUAUUCAUAAGAGGAAGUGAAGAAAAAAUAAAGAGAAAAUGCAGGCAUUUAUUUAUGUUUUAUUAUUUAUCAUUACGAGAACAAUAUUUUGUCAUUCACUUCCAUUUUGUUCAUUUGGUCCACACGUCUGUCGAAAUGUAGGAGUACAGAAUGAAACAAAUGAACAAAAGAUGCAACAAAAACGAUGUAACAAAGUACUGUUAUGUAAAUGGUAGCUCUUUGAGAAAUAAUCCAGUAUUCUAAGUAGACUCAUGUGUGGGUUGUUUGUUAUGAGGUACAGCCUUUGCUGUGUUACCUGUUGUUGUUUUUGUAUAUUGGGUACACAGAGUUAUUAGAUGUGAAAUAUGUUUUCUGUUGUGUGGAAAGAAAUACAUGCAAGAGGAUAUCACGGAUGCUUGAACAUGUUUACUGUCUCUUGUUAUUUUUUGAUGAUAAUGUUCGUAACAAAUGCUCUGUGCCUUCAGUGUAAAUAAAAUGAAGCUGUAUCCAA